GACUAUUAUUGUUUACAAACCAAAAUAACAAUAAUUUAAAGGAAAACAUGAAGAUAGCGAUAGAAGGAUGUGCGCACGGCGAACUGGAGCGCAUCUACGACACCAUAGCAUGCAUUGAGAAGGAGAGCAACACAAAGAUCGAUCUGCUGCUAUGCUGCGGCGACUUUCAGUCCACGCGCAAUCUGGAGGAUCUGCAAACGAUGGCUGUACCGAAAAAGUACCUGGAUAUAUGCACCUUUUACAAAUAUUACAGCGGUGAGUGCGUAGCUCCCGUGCUGACCAUUUUCAUUGGCGGCAACCACGAGGCUUCGAACUAUCUGCAGGAGCUGCCCUACGGCGGCUGGGUGGCACCGAACAUAUACUAUCUGGGCUAUGCGGGAGUGGUCAAUGUGAACGGCGUUCGCAUUGCAGGCAUCAGCGGCAUCUUCAAGGGUCACGACUUCCUGCGCGGCCACCACGAGUUCCCGCCCUACACAGAGUCCACGUGCCGCAGUGUCUACCACGUGCGCCAGCUGGAGGUGUUCCGGCUGAAGCAGCUGUCGGGAAAGAUCGACAUCUUCCUGUCCCACGACUGGCCCACCGGCAUCUACGAGUACGGCAACAAGGCCCAGCUGCUGCGGAAGAAGCCUUACUUUGCGGCGGACAUGGAGAGCGGACAGCUGGGCAGUCGGCCGCUGGAGGAGCUGCUGAAGGUGGUGCAGCCAUCCUACUGGUUUGCCGCACACUUGCAUUGCAAAUUUGCCGCCCUCGUGCCACACAGCGGCAGCAAAGCUACGACCAAAGUGGGCGACGGUGCUUCGAUCAGCAGCAGCAGCAGCAGUGAGAGCGAAGAUGAGGGGGAGGGGGCCACUCGAGCCGCGAGGCUGCCUCCCAAACCAGUGGCUGUGACAAAGUUUCUUGCUCUGGACAAAUGCCUGCCCCGACGAGCAUUCCUCCAAGUGCUGGACAUACCCAGCGAAGCGACUGAAGGCGCAAGACCCACAUUCGAGUACGAUGCCGAGUGGCUGGCCAUCCUGCAGAGCACAAAUCAUCUCAUUUCGGUGAAGGAGAACUACUACUACCUGCCGGGCAAGAAGGCGGGCGCCAUCACAGAGCGCUUCGAUUUCACACCCACCGAGGAGGAGCUGUCCGCGCUGAGCGCCAAAUUCCAGAGCCUCACGAUACCGGAGAACUUUCAGCGCACGGUGCCUGCCUUCGAUCCGCAGCAGCAGCGCAACUACAAGCACAUGGCAGUGGGUCAACCCAAGGCCCAGCUUAAUCCGCAAAGCAACGAGUUCUGUGCCGUCUUGGGCGUGGAUGAUCCACUCUGUCUGGCGCUGCUGGCUAAUGGCAAGGAUCUGCCGGAAGUUGCAGUCGCAGACAAAGAGCAGGAGCCAAAGGAAAACAUUGAGUUGGAUGCUGAAGAACCCCUCGAAGAGAGCUCCUGCUCGCCUGCACCGACUGAGCCAACUGAGCUGGUGGCACCCAUCAAACGUAAACUGAAACUGUCCCUGCCAGCGCCGACAGUUACAACUGUAAAAGAUGACAACGUAAUAGAGCUGCCCGAGGAAGAUGAGCAGGAAGUGGCGCAACCAGAGACGACAGUCGAGGAAGCCAUACCUCAGCCAGCGCCCGGCAGUCCGCCCAGCAUCAAGAAACUAAAGCGUCGCAAUCAAAACAUCUAUCAAGCCGCAGACGAUGAAUAAAUUCCCAUCUGGGUAGCCCGCCA